AUGAUCAAUAAUUCUUUGCUCUCGGAGGAAAUAGAUCUCACUAAAUCCUCGAUAAGAAAUGAUUAAGAGAUUGUUCUUAUGUAAUCAGCAAUGAGAUAUAAAACAAUUAAAAAUAAUCUAUAACUAGUGAUGAUCCUAAAUUUUAUUUGCCUCAUAGGGACAACUUUUGCCAUGGCAUUUUAUUAAUGGUUUUUGAUAGUGCUUCCAACUACUAAGACAAGGAUCUGGCUGAAUCUAUUGUAUGUUUACGAUAAAUAAGUUGAAAAAUAUAUGAGUUAUAGUACAUAUGAGAAUUCAGAAUACAAUUUCUGUCUUUAUGUCAAGGAUUUAACCUAAAAAGAUUGUCUCCAUGAAUUAAGAAUAUUAGAAUCAAUAGAGCAACAGGAAUCUUUUGUUUUUGCUGCAUUUUGA